GCGGGUGCUGCGGCCCGCCCCACUUCCGGUUGUUGCCGGGCCCUAUAUCCGGUGUCCGCCCGCCCUCAGCGCUGCUGUCGCGAUGCUGUCCCGGUCCCGCUGCGUGUCCCGGGCGUUCAGCCGCUCGCUCUCCGCCCUCCAGAAGGGGAACUGCCCUCUAGGGAGACGCUCCCUGCCUGGGGUCUCCUUAUGUCAGGGACCAGGUUGCCCUGACAGCAGGAAGAUUGUCUUUAACAACACUAGUGUCUUCAGCGUUCGCUUCUUCAGAACUACAGCUGUGUGCAAGAAUGAUGUGAUUACAGUCAAAACGCCAGCAUUUGCAGAAUCUGUCACAGAGGGAGAUGUCAGGUGGGAGAAAGCUGUUGGAGACACAGUCGCAGAAGAUGAAGUGGUUUGUGAGAUUGAAACUGAUAAGACAUCUGUGCAGGUUCCAUCACCGGCCCAUGGCGUGAUUGAAGCUCUUUUGGUACCUGAUGGGGGGAAGGUUGAAGGAGGCACCCCUCUCUUCACGCUCAGGAAAACUGGUGCUGCUCCUGCUAAGCCCAAGCCAGCUGAAGCCCCUGCUGCAGCCCCAAAAGCAGAACCUGCACCAUCAGCAGCUCCUCCUCCCCCUGCAGCCCCCAUGCCCACUCGGAUGCCACCCGUGCCCUCACCCUCACAGCCUCCUUCCAGCAAACCGGUGUCUGCAGUAAAACCCACUGCUGCCGCUCCACUAGCUGAACCAGGUGUGCGGACCGAACAUCGGGAGAAAAUGAACAGGAUGCGGCAGCGCAUCGCUCAGCGUCUGAAGGAGGCCCAGAACACGUGUGCGAUGCUGACGACUUUCAAUGAGAUUGACAUGAGUAACAUCCAGGAGAUGAGAGCUCGGCACAAAGAUGCUUUUCUGAAGAAACAUAACCUCAAGCUCGGCUUCAUGUCGGCGUUUGUGAAGGCCUCAGCCUUCGCCUUGCAGGAGCAGCCGAUCGUGAAUGCAGUGAUUGAUGAUUCAACCAAAGAGGUGGUGUACAGGGACUAUAUUGACAUCAGUGUUGCGGUGGCCACACCACGGGGUCUGGUGGUUCCUGUCAUCAGGAAUGUGGAAACUAUGAAUUAUGCUGAUAUUGAACGCACCAUCAGUGAACUGGGAGAGAAGGCUCGAAAGAAUGAACUUGCCAUUGAAGAUAUGGAUGGAGGUACUUUCACCAUUAGCAAUGGAGGUGUUUUUGGCUCACUGUUCGGAACACCCAUUAUCAACCCCCCUCAGUCUGCCAUCCUGGGCAUGCACGCCAUCUUUGACAGGCCAGUGGCCGUGGGAGGCAAGGUGGAAGUGCGGCCCAUGAUGUUUGUGGCAUUGACCUACGACCACCGGCUGAUUGAUGGUAGAGAGGCUGUGACUUUUCUCCGAAAAAUCAAGGCAGCAGUAGAGGAUCCCAGAGUCCUCCUCCUGGACCUUUAGGAGGAAGCCGCACGCCCUACAAAUCGACCAUGCAGGAACUGAAAACCAGUCUUCUCCCUGUCCCCUGUGGGUCCUGGGUUAGCCUGGUGACAGGCAGGCACAUGCUGUUGGCCUCAAAGCCAGGCACUAUGUAAACCAGCAGUCACAGGUCUUUUCUUGGUUUCCUGCCAGGCUCUCUCUCUCUCUGCUCACUCCUCUUACCCUCAAAUAUCUUAUAUCCUUAGGCUUGUAGAGAGGGAGAGCGCCUUCGUGGAUGCACGCUGAUACUCCUGCCUUUCCGCCAGCUGCCCUCUGCAGAGACCCGCCAGUGUGCUAGUGGGAAGUCCCUGUGUGCAAGGCUGCUCCAGCCGUCCGGGGGUGGCCUGCCUCCGCGCUCAGCCUGUGUCCCGCUGUGUCAGUGGCACUGUCAUUCUCAGCUGUGGUUGAUUUUAAGGCGCCUCUUCUACCUCUUCAGGAAGCACAUGCCAGGGGGUCUGGAUGGGGGGUGGAGAGUGUGGGGUCCCCUGAGGCCCUGUGUUAUAAACAGAAGUCGGGGCGGGACUCGGGCUGCCUUCAGCAGUGGUAGGCUCACACCAGGAAAGCUUGUUUUGGCACAGUCACAGCUGUGGUCAUGCCAACCCUCUCCCGGCUGCUAGGAGCCACUCCGGAACACUGUCAUUUAGAGCAGAUUCUAGCGUAUCCUGGGCGUGGGACAGGGUGUGGGACAGAGGGUGCCCUGGUGGAGCCGGGGUUGGGGGGAGGCUUCGUCUGGCCAGCUCAGGUUGGUGCUCAGACUCAAGCUGGCAUAAACACGUGGACUGGGCGGCCCUUCUCAUCUUCCUGCUGUGGCCUGGGGAGGGGAGGGCCUGCUAUUUUCUGCAGGACACAGAUCUCGGGGUGGAGAGGACAGACGGAGAGAAAACCAGCCUUAAGGUGUUAGCGUAGCCUGGUGAAAUACUGCUGGCGUCUCCGAGGGACUGCCCCGUGGGUCUGGGCAGACACUGGAAUUCCUUGGGGCAUGGAGAACGCUCUGGGCUCCAUGGCUGCAGCCAGAUCCAGGCCUGAGGCCGCUGACACUUGACACCGGGGCCAUUGGUGGGUGAGGAGCAGACUUUGUAUCUUGAGCCAAGAAGCAAGACCUGGGGGUGGGGGGAGGGGGGCAGGGGUGGGAGCCAAUACUGAGUGCCUGCAGCAUCUACGACUAUCUUCACAGCUCAGAACUUGUAACUAAAAUAUUUAAAGAAUCGGAUUUUGAAUGAAAAUUAAAGGGCAAAUGUUCUCAACCAA